AUGCCCGGCAAGGUCAAGGCGUACGAACUCCAGUCCAAGUCCAAGCUCGACUUGACGAGGCAGCUUACCGAGCUCAAGACUGAGCUCCUCAGUCUCCGGGUACAGAAGAUUGCUGGUGGCUCCGCGGCGAAGCUCACUAAGAUCAACACCGUCCGCAAGUCAAUUGCACGCGUGCUGACGGUCACGAACCAAAAGCAGAGGCAAAACCUGCGCGAAUUCUACAAGAAGAAGAAGUACCUCCCCCUUGACCUCCGCGCAAAGAAGACUCGCGCGAUCCGGCGGCGUCUGACGAAACACGAGGCGUCGUUGAAGACGGAGAAGCAGCGCAAGAAGGAUCUUCACUUCCCGCUCCGCAAGUACGCGGUGAAGGCAUGA